AUGGCGACAGGUAAAAUCAAAGUGACAAAACCACCGGACAUUGAUAAUUGUACCGCCACACACACAAUUAUGGUCGCCACCAUCAAGUCUCCGUUUGCAUUUCUGUUUGGCUUCGUCGCUGUCGUCAAUGCCGCAAACCUCCGUCUAGAAAGUCUAGACUUCAGUAACGUGGCGGCGUUAAAAGUGGAUAACAAUGCUGUCGCUCUACUGACUCUUGUCAACGCGGAGCGCGUCGCGAAAGGCUUAACUGCACUCUGCACCAACAAGAAGCUGCAGGAGGCAGCAGAGCGUCACAUCUUGGACCAAGCGAAAACAGACUACGUUUCGGAAACUGGAACCGACAACUCAACUCCCGAAGCGCGGGUUACUGCCGCUAGAUACAAGUGGGAAAGCGUGGACGAGAACUUUGACGCUGGAUCAGCUACUCCUGAGGCCGUUGUGAGCUCAUGGCUUAAAUCUGAUGGUUGCCACGACGCCAUCCUUGGCGACUACACCAUGGUCGGUAGUGCCUACGUGUACAAUGCGGACACGUUCUACAAACACUACUGGGUGCAAGUGUAUGCUACCGGUAGCUCGGAGAAGUGUGAUGCCUAA